AGAGAGGAAGAAGUGUGAGACAAGGCGACCCUAGGGCAACAUGGGUAAAAAGAUAAGUUCUGACGGCUCGAUACGCCUGGCUAAGGCAUGCAGCAUCUGCAGGAAGAAAAAGGUUAGGUGUGAUGGCAAUCGGCCUGUGUGUGCCUCAUGCAAAGCAUUCAAUCUACCGUGCAAAUAUGAAGACCGAGUACAGCGCCAGAAAACGCAUCGGUAAGUCUUUGUUAUGAUAAGGCCAUGGACCCCUGCUUCCUAUUCUCUCUAGUGAUAGCGACAUGCGUGACAUCGAGAAACGCGUCGAAUCUCUGGAAGGAAGGUUACAACAAUCAUCCAGAGCCAAGCGACCACGACUCGACUCACGCAGCGAGGAUUUGGAGUAUCUAUCUGGUGAUGAAGCAGACUCAGCAAACACCCGUACCUCCCACCACGAGAGCACCAGCACAGCCUCCCCUACACAACCAGUCUCUCAAGUCCCGGUAGAGACAGGAGAAGGAGAUAAAAGAUCGUAUGCUCUUCAUAACUCAAAAGGCGCAAUGCGGUUCUUCGGCGCUUCGUCCUAUCUGUCUAUCGUUUCACCCGACGGCGCUUGCUCACUCGAAAGCCAAACGGGCGAUCGUUCGCUAAGGAGCAUUGCUCAUCGAAGCCGCAGCAGGUGGAGACUAGUGGACUGGUACCCACCGGGUCUUCAGCCCUCGACUUUCUUGAACCAAAGCGGCCUACAACCAUUACCUUCCAAGCCCUUGGUCCUGGAACUAGUUGGCGAAUACUUCGACUUCAUCAAUGAGGCUACGCCGUUAUUUGAUCCCACAGGUUUCAUGAGGCUUCUGGAUCGGCAGUUCUCCUGGAACCCAGACCCUAGUCCCUCGUGGUGGGGCGCAUUGAAUGUGGUCCUUGCUUUUGCAUACCGACAUCGCGCGGAGAAAGCCGGCGAUGGCGGAGAUGGAUGGCCUCAAUGCAUGGGCCACAUCCGCAAUGCCAUGAGUGCCACUACAGAGCUCUUUAUGCGGACCAGCGAUCUCCUCGCUGUCCAGACCAUGGUCGGUCUAGCCUUGUUCUUUCAAGGCACACCAAAUCCUCAGCCCUUAUUCAUCUUUACCGCGACGGCGAUACGGUUCGCUCAAUCCAUCGGUCUGCACAAGUCGAACUCCUUCGGUCUUUCUGACCUUCAAGUCGAGGAGCGACGAAGAGUCUUCUGGCUUGCUUUUAUCAUGGACGCCGACGUCUGCACACGCACGGGCCGUCCUGCGGCACAAGACAUUCGCGAUUUCGAUACCCCAUUGCCCGCAUCCCGUCCCCAUGUUGGCCUGGGCAUUAUUGAAUACCAGGGAGAGAGACUGCCGUUGUUCUCCAUCCUGGCUCAAUUUGCACUGAUUCAGAGGAGGGCCUAUGAUCUGCUGUUCACAAAGGAAGCGCUGGACAAGCCCGUAUCAGAGAGAGCACAUGCUGCACGGGCAUGUUUGGAGGAAAUCGACCGCUGGAAGGAUAGCAUUGGCCACAGUCUACGACCGCAACGCAGGUUCUCUUUCUCUCCCGAGCAACAUCACCCGUUCCUUCCGCAAAUCAUGAGACUGCACUUUGCAUGCCACUGCUUCUACAUCAGCGUCUCUCGGGCCUAUUUGGUCUCACGACCGCAACGUACGACCUCAGAACAAGGCGAUGGUUUUCCCAGUCCGUCAUUGAGCUCUGACGAAUUCACCGCCAAAUCGCUGGAGGCAGCGAGGUCGGCAGUUGAUCUACUCGGUCAAAUUGACGACAAUCACUUCGGCCAAUCCUUCGAGUGGAGCAUCGUAUACUUUCCCGCAGCAGCAGUGGUGGCGUUGUUCUCCCAGAUCAUGCUAGAAGCCGACCACCCGCUUGCCGCAUCUGAUUUGCUCAUGAUCACCCGAACCGUGGGGUUUUUGUCCAAGCUCGCCUCCCAGGAGCCGGACACAUAUGUAGACUACGUCCUAUCUGUUUGUUCGGGGUUCGAGAGGGCGGCCAGGGAAGCUAUCGAGCGUGGCGGUGUCCAUGAGGUGGGCUCCAGAAGCGGGAGGGAGGAGGGGCGAUCAUCCGCCGGACGACCCCCGCCUGAGCCGCAAGCUGAACCGCAAGAACCGGGUGCUUUGCCCGGAGCGGACUCGGGGAUUUGGAGCCUUGAUCCAAGCGAGGCGGCCAGUUCUCAUGCUUGGAGGGGCGGUGGUGGGCCAGUGCCAUCAUCCUCAAUAUCUUUAGGUCAAGAUCUGAACCCUACAACCGACGACCAGCUCCUGUUCCCCCCGGCCCCGCUCUUCUGGAAUUGGCAGGAUAUGCUUGCUGGGGUUCCACCGGCAUACUACUGGAACAGUCAGGACCCAAAUACUGGAGGCUGACUAUCAUCAAGAAAGAACAAUUCUUUUCAUGUCCGGUUAGGGGAAACCCCUUUUGGUGAAAUGCGACCGUGCUUUGAACCUGAUUCAUACUCCAUGCUCGGAACAUUGCUCAUCACUUGCUUCAGCGCGAACCAGAUGAAUCACUCAGAUAGCCUAAUCGAUUGAAACGUUGUCAACAAUCCUUGUUCUGGCGAAGAAGUGUAAUAUGCUAAAUCUGACAGCAAUAAAGAAAAUCGAAAGAAAGAAAGGCAAACGAAGACAAUCAGAACAACCCUAGGUCUAGCUGAUAAUCGGUAGGCUAAACUACAUGGUAAAUCCAACUAAAGUUUAUUUUACAGCCAGUGGAUAUCUUUCCGAUGGUAACAAUUGGGCACCGAAGGACUCGACCACCGGGGC